GGGGGAGGCACGUGAAGGUCGCCUCGCUGCUGCCCGUUUCGCUGUUCCUUUGCUUCGUUCGGCGGGCUGGGCAUGGACUCUUCGUCCGCCGCGGGGGACCUGGGGGCGGCCGUCAACGACCCGCAGCUGCAGCACUUCAUCGAGGUGGAGACGCAGAAGCAGCGCUUCCAGCAGCUCGUGCACCAGAUGACGGAGCUCUGCUGGGAGAAAUGCAUGGACAAACCUGGGCCCAAGCUGGACAGCCGAGCAGAGACCUGCUUUGUGAACUGUGUGGAACGCUUCAUAGAUACAAGCCAGUUUAUCCUCAACCGGUUGGAGCAGACACAGAAAUCUAAGUCGGCCUUCUCGGAGAACCUGUCUGACUGAGCCGGGGGCAUUGGCAUCUCUGUUUCUUUAACUAGAGGAAAACGUCCGACCAAGUUGGGAGAGGAGGAAAAAGGGAGAGCAGAGGAAAAGGACCGACAGUGAAAAGAGGCUGUGCAGGAGGUGGGCCUCCUCCUUUGUGACAGGUUCCAGGACUUCCUACCAAGACAAUCGGUUCUGGUUUUCAGUUACCCACCUUGUGAACAAAAACAGUCGGGCCAACGAGGCCAUGCAGCAUCACACAUUUGCUACCCGCCGUGGGCUUGUGCUGCCCCGUUUUCUUUUAAUAACGGAAGCUUCACACCUCAGUUGUGUGGCUUUGGCCGUCUUGCUUUCCCCAAAGGCUUGGCCUGGGAAGCACAAUCUGUUCAUACUUGAGAAAACGUCUUUCUUGAAAUAGGGAGGCUUGGGAGGCUUCAGACACUUAAUGUGAAUUUUGGGAAAGGCAGGGGUGGAAAUGUGCCUUUUACGAACGGUGCUGCGCUUUAGCACUACUCUUUUAAGCCAGGCAGCAGACUCACCUGUGACUCCGUGGACCUUUGUGCACCACAGCUGGGCCCUGCAGCUAAACCAGGGGAAGGUGGGCUUCACUUGCACUAGUAUGCCAGUAGAACCCUGUGGUCCUUCAGGAGGUGCUUACUCACAUCCUCUUUAAAAUGGCUAGGAAUACCUCCCCCCCCACAAUACAGCUGUUGGGGGGGAUUGUCACUUGUCUGGUCACGUAGACACGUCACUUGAGAAAUACAAGAGUUAAUACUAACUUUUCCCAUUCGCUGCUUUCUCCCGACCAGUGGAAUAAACAUCAAUUGGAUCUGUUGAAAACUGCCUGUAGAGUUGGUGGCAUUUAUUACUUCAACUAGAUUUGCUGGAAUUCAGGUACAGGGGGAACGCUGGGUAGUAAAUCACGAUAAUCUGAAAUACGGUGUAUCCUGUAGAAAAAUUCUGGCAAGUAGUAUCGGGCAACGCAGCUCACGAUUUUCCUGAGCAAUAGUCCACAAAUUAGUUAGCACGUACAAUGGAUGUCAACCUUAGUCCUGUAAAUGUCCUCCAGAGUUAUUUUGCAACCAGUGUUUCUACUAGCCUGUCUGCUAGUAUAUAGGUAUAGUAGCGAUUUGUGGCCCCUAAAGAGACAACUUUGGCAAAGUUUCCUUGCCUGAUCAGCUGGAGGGGAUCUUCACCACAAGCAACCGAGUGAAUUGUCAGGUAGAAGCUGGGCAGCUUUAAAAUGACUAUUCCUUAGAAAAGGAAUUGGCUGGUACGUAGGAAUAAGUACAGCUUAUACAUUCUUCUGUGUGA